AUGAACCAUGCGCACCAACAGAAGGACUACGACUCGGAAUCUUUGAGUGUGUUCGUGCUACGAGAUGUGCCCAACAAAGAGUAUGCGGAACUCUAUAGACUGGAAGACCUGGUCGAUCCACUCGAUCAUUGCAGUAUGUGCAAGCGGAAAACUCACUACACCAGUGUCGACGAAGCUGUUCAGCAUCUCAUGCAGUUUCACAUGUCGAAAAGUGGCCAGAAACUGGAACACAUUCGCGAGAAGUUGACCCAUUGGGUAGUUUCGGCAUCGGGAGCUGAUCUCGAAAAUUCCAACCAACUUGUGAUCCGAUACCUCAACACACUUUCGCAGCAAAUUGAGAUGUUGCAAACAAAGUUCGUCGAUCUUCGCAACAGCGUAGCAAAUGAGAACAACGAAAAGCCUGAAGGUUACCUCCUCCCAUCAGCACUCGUCAAGGCUGCCGAGAACUUCUUUCAGAUACUCUUCACGUCUCAGAAGCAUGAUCUCCGGGAUCUGUACCUCUUGGAAGAAGAAUUGGAGUUGGUAGAGGCCAUAUACGACGCACAGCGUCUUGCGCUCAAAACGUAUGGCAAAGUCAUCGAUCAUGGGAGCUACCGCAUCACCAAUCGUGAACGUGUUCAGACCAACGAGAAUAUCGAGAGACGUAUCCUGAAUCGCUACUUGGUUGAAAAACCUCUACCUGGCUUGCGUUACGACUAUAAGGACCUCCAAAACCAACUAACCAAGACGGCUCAGGUGCUUCGAUACGGUAUUGAGAUUGCAGAAGAGGGAAACACUAAGGCGAUCCGAGUGUUUACACUGGUGACCAUCAUCUUCCUCCCACUUUCCUUCAUUUCGUCCGUCUUCGGCAUGAACACGGUGGAUAUCAGGGAUAUGGAGAACACACAAGGCUUGUUCUGGGCUAUAGCUAUACCCACUACCGCCCUCAUUGGAGGCCUAUCUCUGCUCAUCGCCUAUCGUGGUACGCAAAUGUGGGAUUGGCUCCAGAAUCAGAGCCAUACUGUACAUGUCAACGUUGCAGGUACGAUACUUGAUCGCAGGGCAUACGUCAAGAGGAGGAAGCAAAGGCCUAAGGAUGAGGAAGUGCUGGCUGGAGAUGACGAGGAGCUUGUAGAGAGAUGGAUGCAUGGGCUACAUACAAAGCGAAGGACAGGAGUGCGAAGGUAG